AAGCAGGAGGGAGGCGGCCGGUCCCGCCCGCCCCGCGCCUCCCUGGGCCGCGGCGCCGGGGAUGCGGCAGCCGCCGGGCACCGCGGGGCUGUAGCCGCCCGCCGCGGCCCCGGAGCCCAUGGGCUGAGCCCAACGACGCCUGGGUGUUGCAGGGUUCCGGCAGAGCUGGCCAUGAUGUUAUGGUUCGUGGUCGGUGCCCUCCUCCCAGCGCUGCUCCUGGCUGCACCCCCCCCCAUCAACAAGCUCGCCCUCUUCCCCGACAAGAGCGCUUGGUGCGAGGCCAAGAACAUCACCCAGAUCGUGGGGCACAGCGGCUGCGAGUCCAAGUCCAUCCAGAACAGGGCCUGUCUGGGGCAGUGUUUCAGCUACAGCGUCCCCAACACCUUCCCUCAGUCCACAGAGUCCCUGGUGCACUGUGACUCCUGCAUGCCAGCCCAGUCCAUGUGGGAAAUCGUGACCCUGGACUGCCCAGGCAACGACGAGAUCCCCCGGGUGGACAAGCUGGUGGAGAAGAUCCUUCACUGCAGCUGCCAGGCGUGCGGGAAGGAGCCGAGCCACGAGGGAGCCCUGUUCAACGUGUACCUGAACGCGGAGGAGAGCCUGCCCGCCGAGGGGCCCGCGCCCCAUCACUAUGCCCACCACCAGCAGCAGGAGCUGGAGGAGCCUCCUGCCUCCAGCCACCACCAGCACGAGGAGGAGGGGGACGAGUGAGCCGGCCCCUGUGGACUGUCCUUGUGGGCAGGGGCUGGGGGUGGGUGCGGGACAGGGCCGGGGCUUGGGGAGGGA